GGAUGGCUGGAUGGUGUAUUUCCUCUGUUACUGUGUGCAUCACUGCAGCACAGGCUGCCUCCUGCACAUGUCCAGGCUUCAGUGAGGAGUUUCUCUCGGAGAGGAAGCAAUCCAGAGGGAGACCACUGCUGCUGAUUGGCUGAUGACCCUUUAAAGGCUACCUAUCAGACACCAUCCUCGCUGUGUGACUAUGUGUGUUUCCCCCUCGUCUCGGAACACUCCGUGUCAGCUUGCGCAUAUUUUUAUGUUUGCAGUGCUGCAUGCAUGCAUGAGUGUGUCCGUGCAUGUGUAUGUGUGCAGGAUGCUGAAAUCUGGAGCUGUGAAGGAGAGGGAGGGGCAACUAAAGAGAUGCUGAAGAAAUUCACCACAACAUAAAGACAAGAGGAUAUAUAGAAGAAGGAGGUGGGGGUGGGGGGAUUAGUUACAAAUGGUCAGAUGUUAAAGAUAGAGGGAUAGUGAAAAGCAUAUUGAGCAGAAAUCAGCAAAGUGAGCGAGGAGGAAGAGGAGGGGGAGACGAUCUGCUGUAGGGAGCAGCAGCAUUGUUGAUUCUCACUGGCAGCUGUCCUCUGUUGCCGUGACGAUGGGCUGCUGGCUCUCUGGACCCUGGAUGGGCGACCAAACGAUGACUGGACGAAAUCUGGCACACCUGAGCCAGCGGGACGCUCUGCGAAUCCUGGCAGCCAGCCACCAUCCAAUCACCAUGCAAAUCAAGGGUCAGAGGGCAUGUGGUGCUGAGGCAGACAGGGGAACCUGGGAGCCCCUCCCCCUCAAUCUGCAGCACCUCAACCUGCCCCUCCCAGUGAUUGGGGCAGGGCACAAUGCCUCUAGCCCCUCCUACCAGGACAGACAUUAUUACAACCACCUGUCUCUGCCACAAGACCACUGUGAUAGAGGACGGUACGGCUACCUGUCCAGCUCCCCGGGGGACACAGUGGACAUUGGUCAUCAGGACCCAGAACUUUCUGGUCGUCGACCAAAAGAACAGAACUGCCUGAUGGGAUGCUGCAAUAGCAACGUAGAAGAACCUAAUGGCUGCCACAGUCAGACUGAUGAUGAGGAUUUCAUGCUUGAGAAGCCCCUGGGCUUCCUGCCUCUCCACCAUGAGUUGGACAGUGGUCUGGGCUGGACUGACGGCUCCCUCCAUCAGGGGGACUUAUCGGGGCUGGAGACUGAAGAGGGAGGCUUGGAGGACUACCAUCCACAUGGGCCUCUUGUCCCAGGGGGUUGCGGGGGCUAUGGAGGUGGUGGCUCUCCUUCAUCUGAGUCUUUUAUUUCCUCUGAGCUCAGCGACUCUGGGUUCUACAGUGUUAGCACUGGAGAAUUCAGGCACUUCCAGAGGCUCCUGGAGAAACGAAUGCGGCUAUACAAUGCCAGGCUGCAACACCAGGGUGAAACCUGUGACAGGCGGGAGAGGCGUGACAGUUGCCCCAAGAGCCAUCGAGAGCUGCUGGAGGCAAUUCCUGAGGCACUGACCAUGCAACCACAGAGUCAGCACCUCCACCUUGGGAUGGAGGAGGGCGUCGGGCCAGUCAUGGACCUUCCAUCUCGUGGGCUUUUCAGGGUCUCGUCAGUCCAGUUCAAUAAAACUGACCGACCUUGCCUUAAUCAGCACAGCUCCAGCAGUGGGGCCCUCUUCAAUCCAUCUCAUGCACAUGCUGGAAUGUCACGGAUGACUGCUCCAGUCCUCUCCACAUGCAGCACCCCCUCCAGCCACAGGAGACCACUGGUACCCAUGCAGCCUCACCAUCAAGGUUCUAGCUCAGUGGGGAUGCUGAGGAGAAGCAGAACACUGCACCAUCGCCCUCCUCCACAGGAAUACCGCCGCAGGGCCAGUCACCCAGCAUCCCCCUCCUACUGUGCAGCCACCCUGCACCACUGCGUAGCUGUCACGCCACAUAAUGUCAUGCAACCAGGUCUGCCAGAAGAAGGUGAGCUAGUGACUGGUGUGAUGUCCUCCCACCCAGUAGCACUGGCCCUCUCUCCCCAGCAACAUUCCAUCACCCUGGGGCAUAUGAGGCCAGCCGACACUCAUGAGCGAUGCUACGACAACAACAAUAACAGUCAAAUUACUCACCAUGACUGGUGGCACUCACAAGAAAGACUCUUGAUGCCUGAGCCAAUGGUGACAGAAAGGGACAUAGAGAUUGAGAGGGAAAUGGAACAAGAAAGGCAAAUGCAAAUGGAGAAAGAACUGAAGAUGGAGAUGGAAGCACAGAUUAAGGAGGAGAUGAACAGAGAGAGGCAACAGGAGCUGGAGAGGAGCAGAGUCAGAGAUCAGCAGCACUUCCAGAAUGUGGUUCACCCUUCUCAGGCUGGAGAUGUCAAUGACACAUGGCCAAAACCAGCUAGUCGGCAGUUCCAGGGUGGUGGGGGCGCCAGAGGACUAUACAGCACACUGGAAGGCCACACUGGUUCAUUUCUUGGUACUACUGCUGCUGUUGGAUGGGAUGCAAAGAAAGGACACCUUUAUGCGAGUUCAAGCCCUAAUCCCAGUUCUGGUCUGCAGCCAAAACUUUUUCCAAGCUCCAAGCCCAUUACAACCUCACGGAUCUCUAGAAACCAGCUCCUGAGAGACCGGGCGUCUCAGCUGGCAGAUGAACGCAGUGGGAUGAGCACUGAUGAGGAGACUAGUACUGACAUGCUGAUGGGUCGUUACUGGAGUAGAACAGAGAGGAGGGAACACUUUCUCUUGGCGCGUGAGCAGAGGCAGCAGCAGCAGCUGCAGGCCAGAGGAGGGGUAAUACGAGAUGCUGUCAGCAGAGGAGGAGCCAUCACAAUAGGAGGAGGAGCCACUCUUGGAGAUGGAGGUGUGCUGGACAACGGCGGAGUUGGAGCUUUUGCAGAAGGACGUUGCAACACAGUGCUGGAGCUGAGUCAGAAGAAACUGAGUCGUCUGAGAAACAGGAAGGUGUUGGAUGACUGGACGACAGUUGAAGAGCUGCUGACUCAUGGGACCAGGAUGGACAGCCAGGAGGACACAAUGUGUCCUAGCUCCCUCCUUACAGUCACCACUGUCUAACUGCAUGGACACCACAUCUAACUGUGUGAGUGUGUGUGUGAUGUUAAGGUAACAGGCAUUUCGUAAAAUGUUCUAAAUGUUCUGUCUUUUUCGGAGUAAGAAGAGAAGAUGGGUAUCAAUUUCAUCUCUAGGACACAUUUGGAAUAGCUUAGCAUGACUAUUGGAAGCAAGAGGGGAAACUGCUAAACUCACUCCAUCUAAAAUAUGUGUCUUCCAACAAACCCAAAGCUGUGUGACAUAUACCAACUGCUCUCUCCCUCUCCAGCAACCUGGGAGGCUAACCAAACCAAAAUGCAACAUAUCUCGGAUUGUCUCUUUAUCUCAUUUGUCACAAUAAGAGAUUUGUGGCUACUUGUUAAGUAGCACAUUUCAAAAUGUAUAUAUCAGUCAGCUUUAGAGAUAAUGGGAGGGUUUCCUCUUUUCAUGGAGGUAGGCUUGCAGGUCCCCGUCUUCUCCCAGUGGCUGUGCUGAGUUAACUAAAACAGGCUAGACUGUGUUCUCGAUGAAAAGCUUAAUUCAUCCAGGAAGAUAUCCAGCUGACAACAUCGGCGCAGCUGACUUGAAUCACAGAUUUGCUCCUAUUGGAUUAAAAUAUGUUAGCAUAACCACAAAGUUCUGCAGGAUACAUUUUUGUCAUCAUGUUAAAUCAAAAGUUCAAAGUGUACUUUGUGCAUUUGUCUGUGUCAUAUAGUAUCAUCAGGAAUUCCGUUGUUGACGUAUAAAUUGUAUCAAAGAUAAAGCUGAUGCUUAUCUUCUCAUAUGACUCUGUGGAAGACAGUGAACAGGAGGUUUCAUGGAAAUGUCUGACUGUUCGUUUAAUGAAUGUGUGUGUGAGAGAGGGAACUUCACUGUCAUUGCCUCCUCAUCACCUCAACUGUUUUGUGAGAGUGUGUCACUAUUGUACAGCACUCCUGACAAAAUGUGUCAGUGCAUGAUGUGUGUGAUGACAAACGACUGAGCAAGUCCAGACGAGUGCGACUGCGUCAUGUUUCAUGAUAUUCCACAGGAUCUUUGACAAAAUUACAGAUAUUAGGGUUUUGGACUGAAUUCCUCGAAUAGAUCAUAAGAGUUUGGGGAGCAAUAUGUUGUUCUGCGUGCUGUAACUGGCUGUGCACUAACAUACAGAUUAUAUACUACUACUACUUAUACAUCAGGGCCACAAAACACAUCAGCAGCCUGUAGCAAUGCAGACAACGACAAAUAAGAUUUGAUAUCAAAUCCUGAAUGUUUUUUAAUAGAAAAAUCUGUUUACACUUAACAUAUAAAUCAGUGAGAGCUUUUGUAACGCGAUGAUAAAGGAACCAUGUGAUUGACUUGCUUAUCUGAUGCGAGUUAAAUGUGAUGGCCAGGAUUAAGGAAUACCGUACCACAGAGUUUUGCAAAGGAUUUCAAUCUCAUCUUUAUUCUGUUACAUUAGCUGCUGCAGGAGUUUAUGUUGCAUUCACGUCUUAGUCAAUGUCACAUGCAACUUAGUUGGUAAGCAAAGUGUUUAAAUACCUUUAUCAACAUUGAUACACUUGAUGGAGAUCAGGAAGAAUGAGCCAAUAACAGCUGGUAUAUCCACUGCUUCUAUCUUUUGCAGUGUGAUGUGUAAGUGUACAUCCAUUGUUAUCUGUGAUAUUGACUGAUAUCUGGUAUCUAUCAACAGAUAUUUAUCAUACAAUACAAUAUUUCGAAUAUGUUUUCAUGAAUAACCUAAACAAAUAGGAAUUGAUAUGUUUCCAUCACCUUCAAAAAAGCCCUACAACAUACAUUACAUAGUGAGGCGGAGACCUUACAAUAUUAUAGAGCAGGGUUUCUCACUGGCCUGCAUGUUUUAGAUGUUUCCUUGCUCCAGCACACCUGAUUUCAUUUAUUUGAAUCAGGUGUGUCGGAGCGAGGGAACUUGUAAACAAUGCAGGGCAGUGGGUCCCCAGGACCAGGACUGAGAUACCAUGUUAUAGAGAGAGAAGAGAAACCCAACAUUUCACACAAUGAGUGAAAAAGCACUAGUGUAGAGAGAGAAAAAAAACAUUUAUAUUAUGCAUUUGUUAUUUUUUUAAAUCUCUUUGCAGGGAAAAUAUGAAUUCUUAAUGCCAUAACAUUGUCAUCGUCAGAGUUUGAUUAUUCAGUCCAGAAUACUAAAAUAAUGAUGAUGAUAUUAAUUAGUUAAACCUGCUCUUUUACAUAUCACUGUUCCACUGACAUGGCAUGAAUGCGGCAUAAACUGUUUGGCCCUUUCAUAACUCUCUGAACCUGUUGGUAUCUGAACUGUUGGCAGGAUGCUUACAUUGACCUUUACUGAAACGGGCAAUGAUUAUUUGAGACAUACAGACGAAGCUCAAGUCACUUGUUGACAUUCCACGACAAGAAAGUACGACGCGAGUGAACCUGGAAUCGAUCUACUGACUGAUUCCAGGUCUGCUGUAGAGGAAAAUGUGCAAUAUUACCUCAAGCUAGUUUUAAUAUGACAAUGAUGACGACGAUGUGUGCGCUACCUGUCAGGUUUCCAUUGAAUGCAGUGAUUUUAAGUGAAGACGCACAGACGUAAGAAAUCACUACAGGUGCAGAGAAAUCCUACUAUAUAAACGUGCAAGAGCAAAGGUGAUGUAGAUAUUAACAUUAUUUCUCUACAUUGUUUUCCAAGAGAGGGACCUAAGAAAAACCACUUUUGCACAUAAUUUUUUAUACCUAAAGUUUACCCUACCUUUCUGUACCAGGGACCGAGGCCAGUGGAAAGACUGUAGAUAGAAAGACGUGUGUAUUGCUGUUUUCUUAAAAACUAUCAUUGUGAUUUAUGAAGAAACUUUAUUGUCAUUGUGUUGGACAUAUUUCAAUAUUUUUCCUGUGAUGUUAUAAAAAAAACAAAAACAUUAACAACAGUUUUUAUGAUCUUUAAAAUUGACCUUAUUUAUUAGUUGGUGAAACAUUGCUUAGCCAUUUUUCAAAGUGUGGACACAAGUUGUGCAUAUUUUUGUCUCUUUAAAUGGAUAAAUUGAAGUUACUGUUGUUUUGUGUCAUUAUGACAUGUACAUAUUGAUUUUGUCAAACGGCGCAGAUGAGGAUGACAUUAUUGAUGGGACACGCUGAUGCCGUCAGAUGUCUAAAGUGGUUUUAUCAUGUGAUUCUAGGUUUACUGUUGUGUGAUGGAGGCUGUAUAGACGGCACAAAGAUUAGAAUUGCAGUAUUAGUACAUGUACCACACACACACACACAAUAUUGUCAAAAUUCACGGAAAGUGGUUUAUAGUUUGUUCAGAAUGCUCCAUGAUGCAUCCAUAAGUUAUGAGUCGGUUCACUGACACUCUGGAAAGAACACUGUGGUGUUUAAGAUCAGUCUCUUCUAUUUUCUGUAUUUUUCAGAGUCAGCUGUGUUUGAUAUAGUUUCAGGUCCGUGUGUCCAGGACAGAGAUCGUUCUCAGAGACGUUGAGCCUUGCCAAAGCAACAUGUCCAAAGCUGUUUUGAUCAAGUUGUUUAAUAGUAUUUAUUGAGCAUAAAUAGAAGCUGUGAUUUUAUGGGAUGUGUUUAGCUUAGCGGUGGCACAAAGACAUCAAAAACUAAAAAUGAGCAGCUCUAUUUUGAGCUCAAUGCUCGCUGCUUACGUGGCCCAAAUGUUACCUAGUCCCAUCUUAAUUUAAGGUGGCAGUGUUCAUGCAUGUGGAGGCCACUGAGGGAUUUACUGUGAGUAUAGUUAGAUCAAGAGGAACUUGACAAGAGUUUGACUUGAGGAUUUGGCUUGAUGUUAACAUCUUUGAAAUACUAGUUUUAAUUCACUUUUUAAUAU